UUUUCAGUGUCUAAACAUGAUAUUACACUUAAUGGCAGCUCCUACUAGAAAAAAGCUUAUCACUUGAUGAGUUUAUGCACCCAUUUGUGCAAUGACUCAACUCAGGAAUCAGGACUAAUAUUGCAUGACAACACAGUAAUAUCAAUGUCGACCAUUUUCUCAAUGGCAUAAACUCUGUUUUUCACAGGUUUGCUAAUUUAAGUCAGCAGAAGAUGAGUCAUCUGGGAAAAGACUAUAAACAUUUGUCCCAGAGGAAUCCUAUCGAAGCUCUCACACAUUGGCAACCUCCUUAUCACAGUGAUUUAAGCUGCCCAAUCUGCCUCCAAACAGCUACUUUCCCAGUAGAAACCAAUUGUGGACAUAUGUUUUGUGGUUCCUGUCUAAUUACAUACUGGAAACAUGGCUCCUGGUUAGGAGCAAUAAACUGUCCUCUCUGCAGACAAAAAGUGAUUCUUCUGUAUAAUGCCUCUGGUGAAAACCAACAAGAUAACCCAAGCAAGCGCAUUGUACGUGACAUCAGAGAUUACAACAAGCGUUUCUCUGGACAACCUCGACCUUUUGCAGAUUACCUUUAUGACAUGCCGCUACUCCUAAAUCUUGCCUUAAGAGGAAUCUUCACCCUGGGCGGUCUCGUUUGGAUCUUCUUCCUAAGAAUUGUUGUUUGCUCCUUUGGGACCAUCAUGUGCUUAACUUCCCGAUUUGACGUGAUGCAUGAACCUCUUUGUGGAAUCCUUGCAGCAGCCGAUGACCUAGUUGUCAUUUUCCUCCUUUUAAUUUGCAUGUUUAACAUUUGCCAGCAAAUGGAAUCAGAAGGUAUAAAUAUGGCAAGUUCUACAACUCAGAGCAUGCUGUCGGAAUCCUGAUAAACUCAAACUUCUAUUUCUUCGUUAGCCUUCAUCAGAUUGCGUCAGGCUUCUCCAUGACUCUGGGGGCAGCAUGGGAUGCAUUGAUUUUUGAAGAACAUUCUAAUGUUGACCUAUAGUGGAGUAAGACUCAGUACACUUGCCAUGGUCAAGUGAUAAAUUUGUGCAAAUGCUCACAAGGCUACGUUUUUAAUACAGCUAUGUAUUUACUAGGUUCCUGCAAGGUGAAGCAGCCUUUUAUGUGACUUCCCUUAACAUACAAGACCUGAAAUGACAGAGUCUGGGAGCUAUGUGUAACCCACACACCUCCUGGGUGUGGUGUUCUGUCCCAUAUAGUGACACCAAG